AUGGUAGGCCACAACGACCCCAAGACAGGCUGGUGGAUGGGAGAGCCCGGAAACUCUGUCCUCCCCACCCCAACCCGCAUAGCCACCUAUGCCCUAUCCCCAAAUAGACAGAAACCCUUUGCCGGGGCAUUCCACGCUGCCAUCUUCAAUACCUUCCGGAGGUUCAGACACCAGGUGUUCUAUGUUGUGCCGCCGUUUUUAGUUGCCUAUGCGGCGAUGUGUUGGGCGAAUGAGAGGAAUGAGUAUCUGAAUUCGAAACGGGGGAGACUUGAGAGCGCUGAGUGA